AAGUGUGGCUUUGCUUGGCUAUGAGAUUGGGGGGGAGUCCCACCUGGUGCCCCUUGAGAAAUGGGGUUAGGUAAGCACCGUGCUUGCCCUUUCUGAGCCUCAGUGUCCUCUAUCCUGGCAGGGACAGGAAGGUGGAGCCCACACUGAUGUGGGGGGGACCGUGGAGGCUUAGUCAGUGGUGACUCAGGCCCCGGCUACCCUGGGGCUGGGGGUGGCUGCAGCUGCAGUGGUGACAGGGACAGCCCCCAAACAGAGACAGGGGCUGCUGGCCGUGCCAGGGCCAGGUGGCAGUGACACGCUCUAGCCUUCUGCCUCCUCACUCCCACCACGUCCCUGCUUCUGGCCUGGAGGGCUGCAGCGGCUGAAGUUGAGUGAGGAGAGAGACAGAAGCCUGGCUCUGGCCAUCCUCUUCCCCUCACUCCUCUCCCGAGCUGGGUCCCCUCCCUCGCUGGCCUCCUGGUCUCUCCAGCCCUGGGUCCUGAGAAGGGCAGGGCCUCCCAGCAGCUUCCUUCCUUCCUUUCUUGGGACGGAAAUCUAGCUGGGUGGGGGGCGCCCGGCUGGAGCCUCCGCAGAGGAGGGGGCUCUGUCACCACCCUGCUCCCCAAAGUGACUCAACCCCCAUGUCCCCACCCAUCCCCAGGGAACUGGGGUCACAGCAGGCGAUAGAUAAGUGGGGUGGCUGCCUAUGCUGGCCAGAGAGCUUGUGCCACCGCAGGACAACUGCUGCCCGCCACCUCCAGUCUCACCUCUCAUGGCUCGUUCUGGGAAUGUCUUGCCACCGGCCCCAGCCCUAGGAGCCGCCACACAGAGCCCGCAGCACCUGGGGCUCACGCAGGGUGUCAAUGGGCCCCCAAGAGAGCUGCGCCCUCGGCUCUGCCAUCUGCGAAAGGGACCCCAGGGCUAUGGCUUCAACCUGCACAGUGACAAGUCCCGGCCGGGCCAGUACAUCCGCUCUGUGGACCCAGGCUCCCCUGCCUCCCACUCGGGUCUCCGCGCCCAGGACCGGCUCAUUGAGGUGAAUGGACAGAACGUGGAGGGGCUGCGUCACGCCCAAGUCGUUGCCAGCAUCAAGGCACGGGAGGAUGAGGCCCGGCUGCUAGUGGUGGAUCCAGAGACUGAUGAGUACUUCAAGCGGCUGCGGGUCACCCCGACUGAGGAGCACGUGGAAGGUCCAUUGCCAUCACCAGUCACCAAUGGAACCAGCUCCGCCCAGCUCAAUGGUGGCUCAGUGUGCUCGUCCCGAAGCGACCUGCCAGGCUCGGACAAGGACACUGAGGAUGGCAGUGCCUGGAAGAGAGAUCCCUUCCAGGAGAGUGGCCUCCAUCUGAGCCCCACAGCCGCUGAAGCCAAGGAGAAGGCCCGAGCCACAAGGGUCAACAAGCGGGCACCGCAGAUGGACUGGAACCGCAAGCGGGAGAUCUUCAGCAACUUCUGAGCCCCUCCCUGCUGUCUGGGCCCCUGGGCCUUCCUCCUGCGUCGACCUCGGGACCAACCAGAGCUCUACAAGCCUCAGUGGACUAGAGGGUGGUCUCAACACCACCCAGAAAACUACCCACGCCCCCAGGGAGCCCCUAGUCCUGCCUCCUGUCCACUGCGUGCUGGGGCUGCUGCAGCAAGAAGGAAGGGGAAGAGAGAGGCAGAGAUAUGAGAGACACAGAGAUCAAGAGAGACAGUAAGAGAGAUAUAGGGAGAAUGAGAGAAAGAGUGAGCGAGUGAGGAGGGCAGUGCGUGAUCACUGGUGAGGGCCUUUGCUGCUCUGCCCUGGGUUUGUUGACUAAAGGAAUGAGUUUUGUUGUUUUUUUUCCAAAAAGAUCUCCAGCUCCACAUAUGUUUCCACUUAAUAUGAGAGCCCUCUCCCCCUUCCCCUCCCCCCUUGGGAAUAUACUCUAAAUAAUUGCAAUAAAACAAACCUUUCACUGCAAACCAUUUCAUAUACACCCCCUUGGCAGCGCCAUCCCGAGCGGACCCCAGGGGUCUCCAGGGUACAGAGGCCCAGGGCAGGCCCAGAUGGGUUUUGGGAUAAGGAUGGGGAGGCCAAGCAUUGCUGUAGGAACUGCCCCUCUACCUUACCCAUGACCUCCCUGGUAUGUGGGUGUGGGGUUCCUAUGCCAGUCCUCCCCCUCACCCAACCUCCUGCUUCUCUGUGCUGCCCCCACCUUGUGGGUGGGCUGGAGUAAAGGGCCUGGGCUCAACGAGGGGCUAUAGGAUAAAGGCCCCAUUCCCCAAGGGGAUGGCCUCUGGACAGGCCCCUGGGUCCUGCACCUCCACUCCAAACCUGGGGAUUAUGUGUUGAGAGCUGCUCCCAGGAAGAACCCUGGGCUUCUGUAACCAGCCCCUGCCUUGCGCCUACCUGGCGCCCACCCCCAGACAUCCCAUCAACUCUGCCCUUCCCUCAGCACCCCAAGCCCCUAAACCUGUCCGACCAGCACUGCUGUCUUGUAAGCCAUAGCGCAUGCGCGCCCUCAGAAUAAACGGGCCUUGCCUCAGA